ACGUUUCCGUCACAAUCAUCCAACCAAUGGCUGCGUGCGUUUGAGUCACGUCAACAGCAGCGCAGCAGAUUUGAAUCGUUUGUGUGGUUUUCUGUCGCAGUUUGAAUGCAGAGCCGAAAAGACUAUUUGUGAGUUUUAAGAGAAUUUUUAGAAUAGAACCAACAGCGGGAUGGACUGUCGAGCAAACAGCGAUAUGUUCUUUCUGAGCGAUGAGAAGUUUGACUUCGAUGUUUCUUUGUCACCUGCCAGCUCCAAAGGCGAUGAGGAUGAAGAUGAGGUGUUUGUCGGGCCAGUCACCCACAAGGAAAGGUGUCUCUCUGUUAACGUGGUGUCUCCGCUUGAGGGUGGCGUUCGAGCGAGCUGGAGUCCCCUGAGUGGAGAUCAGCUGGAAGCUGUGUUUCAGGAAGCCCACAAACUAGCCAACCGGCUGCAGGAGAGUGAACCGAGCCAGCCGCACUGUGAGGACGACAAGACCGCCAACGUGACGAAUGACACCACAACUGAUAGGGAGGAGUUCGUCCUGGACGCUGAGGCAAAACUGGGUGUGCUCGGUCAGACCGCCAGUGCACUCAGCCCCAUCAAACGGCAGACCUUCUGUGUGCAGGACAGUCCCAUGAAGCAGCUGCCGCCCGCUGUCCAGAGGCGCUUACUCAAUGGAAGUAUCUCCAACACAUCUUCAUCCACACGCCCUGCCAACACAGCUUUAUCCAGCCGGUACGCCACUGUCAACGCAGCUUCAUCCAUCCGCCCCACUGUCAGACUCAGCACCUCCAGCCCUGUGGCCGGGGUCAAGCCUCAGCCCAGGACGGGGCUGCGAGGGAAAGCCGCAACGGGCAUCGUGCUGCCGAGCAAACCGGCUGCCCCAACAACUUCCUGUUUAUCAAGCAAGACCAGAGUGGAGAAAACUAGACUGCAACCACCAAGCAAAGCGGUGGGGGGCUGUAGGCAGGGUCCGUCCUCCUUCCUGUCCAGAAGGGCGGACUCAAGUGAAGAUCUGCUCUCUGAUUCAGCGAGCGUGGCAUCUGACAUCAGCGACUCUUCACUCAACUCGAGCCUUCUGGGGAAACGCAUGCUGGCUCCGCCCACCAAGAGUGCUUUAAGGAACCGGCCAGGUGUGAAAGCUCCGCCACUACAGAAGAGGAGGGUAUCGGAGAGGAAGAACACGUCCUCAUCCUCAUCCUCAGUGUCCAGCUUCAACUCCAGCCUCUCUGUGUCCCCCGCUAAAGGCAAACAGAACUCCUCUCUGAACCAGAGUUUGAGCAGCUCCACUGGCCCCGCCCCCAGCAGCAUCAGCAGACGGGCCAAUAACAGCAGACCACGUCGCUCCUCCGUCUACGCUGCCGCAGAGACGGCCCCCUUCUCUGCUGGCCGCCGCUCCAUGUCCGUUCAGGCCAGGAAGCUGUCCGAGGUGGAGCGUGUCAAAGCCACGAAGUCCACGCCGCUGAAGAGAGCCGAGGCCACGCCCCUCAAGCACACGCCUGGCAAGAGGAUUUCGGAGAUGACAGCCUCUGUGCCCACCUCCGCUUCAGCCCAGCUGCAGAGCGGCUUGAUCAAAUCCAAACCCGAGGCCAUGGUCCUACCAACACCCAGCGGAGGAGUCAGAGGACUCCGCCCAGAUGAUGACAUCUCAAAGAUGUUGAAGCCAAAGAAGCUGAUGUCAGCGAGCAGCAUGGAGAGUCUUCCUCAGAAGCCCUCUGUCGGUCCUCUGACGCCUUCUGCUGGCAGCUGCAGGUCACUGCAGGGGAAGGCGUGGCGCCCCUCCGCCCUCCCCACCCCGGUUAAACGCAGGAUGUCUGCUUUGCCCAUCGCCACGCCCACCAGACCGCCGCUCACCUCAGACUCGGACCCGGCCCCCGCCUCGGCCAGGAGAGAGAGAAGCUGCAGUCCUCCGUCUGCAGACUUGCCGAAGGAGGCAGAGCCUGUUGAUUCCCCUGACAUCCAGUCCUUCUGCUUGGAGGAGGAGCCCCCUGCUGCUCCACCCUCCAGCCCUCCACAGACCGACCAAUCAGAGAGCACAGAUCCAGGAUCACAGAGUCUGGUCGUAUCAGAGCCCGACAAGAACCUUAUCGAACUGGAAUCUAAAGAGGAGAGCAACAGCAACACACCAGAGGUUCUCCUGUUGGAUCUUCCAGCUCCGACUCUGCAGCCUCAAGAGAAACUGCUCAUCGACCUGACCAACACCCCCGACCUGAUCCGGACCAACAGCAAGAACUGCACCUCAACUCAACUGAUCGACCUGAGCUCUCCGUUAAUCAAGUGGAGUCCCGAAGAUAAGGGGGAGAACAAGGCUCCGCUCAUCAACCUGUCCUUCUGAUCCAGAUCUUGCUGAAGACCUGGAUCUAAUGGACUCUGCAGUAGACUGCACUCAGCAGGUUUCUAACUUUAGAAACUCUGAUCAUUAAAAAUCAGUUAAGCUAAUGAAAGAUUUGUUUUAUAAGUUAAAUCUUCCCUGACGCAGAGUAUUAUGUUUUUAGAUUUUAAAAUCUGGUGAAGUGAUGAAAAUAUUCUGCACUUGAUUGUACUUUUAUUUGUCUCCGUCUUGCUGCUCUUAUUGAUGUCUGUUAAAUAAAUGUUGUUAAUGUCACUACUGGAAA